AUGGCUACAUGGUUUUGGUUCAAAGAAAAACGAGCUGCUGGCGUUCCAGUCCAAGGUACUCAUGUCCAACUUCAAGCCAAAAUUUUCCAUCAAAAAAUGGGUGCUAAAAAUAAGUUUUUAGCAAGUAACGGCUGGCUUUAUAAAUGGCAACAGAGGCACAAGAUUCAGGGCUUAUCUUUAGAUGAAGUAUUUAAUUAUGACGAAAGUCCAUUAAAUUAUAAAAUGUUACCAUCAUCAACAUUGACAGCAGCAAGUGAAGCUGGAGCUUUUGGUAUUAAAGGAAAGAAAGAAAGAGUAACAAUCAUGGCUUGUAGUAAUGCAUCAGGAACUUUGAAAUUACCUCUUGUGUUGAUUGAGUGGUUUGAAGAUGCCUUUGUACCGGCUGUAUCUAAAUUCCUAGCCGAAAAAGGACUUGAAAAAGCUGUUUUGUUCGUUGACAACUGCGCUGCUCAUCCCCGUCUACCAAAAGGUGACAUAUCAGUUCGUUUUUUCCCACCAAACACAACUUCUUUGUUACAACCAAUGGAUCAAGGUUGUCUGCAGAAUUUAAAAUUGUUUUAUCGCAGUAAUUUAAUGGCACACAUCAUUGAUUCUGUCAAUAAAGGCAGUUCUUUAUUGAACACUUUGAAAUCUGUCAGUAUAAAGGAGUUGUGGCCGUUAGAUUCUACUUCUCAAUCUGAGGGAACUCCAUCAUCUGAUGAAUCGAGUGAUACUGCAGGUGGUACUGAGAUAUUAGAUGAAUUUUGUGAGGUGAUGAAAAAUCAUGGAGGUUUAUCGAAUCUACUUAAGGCUACUGUUCUUUGCUUCUUGCUUUCCCAAGAAAUGGCAGACCCAGAUUUUAUAAAACAAAAACCUGUAUAA